CGACGGACGGAGCGCCUGCCUGGCGGCGGGCAGGACCGGGGCCGCGCGGCGGGGCAUGAGGCGGGGGCGCGAUGUCGGUGCCGCUGCUGAAGAUCGGGGCUGUGCUGAGCACCAUGGCCAUGGUCACCAACUGGAUGUCGCAGACGCUGCCCUCGCUCGUGGGGCUCAACGGCACGGUGUCCCGCGCGGGCUCCUCGGAGAAAAUCACUCUCUUCCAGAGCCCGGAGGAGGGCUGGCAGCUGUACACCUCGGCACAGGCCCCCGACGGCAAAUGUGUGUGCACCGCUGUGAUCCCGGCGCAGAGCACCUGUUCCCGGGACGGCCGGAGCCGGGAGCUGCGGCAGCUGAUGGAGAAGGUCCAGAACGUGUCGCAGUCCAUGGAAGUCCUUGAGCUCCGGACGUACCGUGACCUGCAGUACGUGCGCAGCAUGGAGACGCUGAUGCGCAGCCUGGACGCGAGGCUGCGGGCGGCUGGUGGCUCCGUGUCAGCCAAGAGCUUCCAGGAGCUGAAGGACAGGAUGGCGGAGCUGCUGCCCCUGAGCUCGGUGCUGGAGCAGUACAAGACGGACACGCGGACCAUCGUGCGGCUGCGGGAGGACGUGCGGAACCUCUCGGGCAGCCUGGCCGCCAUCCAGGAGGAGAUGGGCGCCUACGGCUACGAGGACCUGCAGCAGCGCGUCCUGGCCCUGGAGGCCCGGCUCCACGCCUGCGCCCAGAAGCUGGGCUGUGGCAAGCUGACCGGGGUCAGUAACCCCAUCACCAUCCGGGCCAUGGGCUCCCGCUUCGGCUCCUGGAUGACGGACACGAUGGCCCCCAGUGCGGACAGCCGGGUCUGGUACAUGGACGGCUACUACAAGGGCCGGCGGGUCCUGGAGUUCCGCACCCUGGGCGAUUUCAUCAAGGGCCAGAACUUUAUCCAGCACCUGCUGCCGCAGCCCUGGGCGGGCACGGGCCACGUGGUAUACAACGGCUCGCUGUUCUAUAACAAGUACCAGAGCAACGUGGUGGUGAAGUACCACUUCCGCUCGCGGUCGGUGCUGGUGCAGAGGAGCCUCCCGGGCGCCGGCUACAAUAACACCUUCCCCUACUCCUGGGGCGGCUUCUCCGACAUGGACUUCAUGGUGGACGAGAGCGGGCUCUGGGCCGUCUACACCACCAACCAGAACGCGGGCAACAUCGUGGUGAGCCGGCUGGACCCGCACACCCUGGAGGUCAUGAGGUCCUGGGACACCGGCUACCCCAAGCGCAGCGCGGGCGAGGCCUUCAUGAUCUGCGGCGUCCUCUACGUCACCAACUCCCACCUGGCUGGGGCCAAGGUCUACUUCGCCUACUUCACCAACACGUCCAGCUACGAGUACACGGACGUGCCCUUCCACAACCAGUACUCGCACAUCUCCAUGCUGGAUUACAACCCUCGCGAGCGGGCCCUGUACACCUGGAACAACGGCCACCAGGUGCUGUACAACGUCACCCUCUUCCACGUCAUCAGCACCUCGGGGGACCCCUAGGCCUCAGGCUGCCCAAGGGCUGCUGGGGUCCGUCCCUCGCUGCCUGCAUCCCUUCUGGUCUGUCUCUGUCAUCCCCUCUCCCUUCUGUUUUCUCUCCCUGCCUCUGUCCUGCUUUUGUUCUCUGCCCUUCUAUCUCUAUCUCUGCAUUCUCUCAGUUAUGUCUCUCCUCCUUAUUGAUCUCUGCUUUUGAUACUCCACUUCUUGGUUGUUCUGGCUUUUUAUUAAUGUCCCUAUCUUUAUUUAUCAUUUUUUUGUGGUACUGGGGAUUGAACCCAGGGCCUUUGCACUGAGCUAUAUCCUCAGCUCUUUUU